UGAAAUCUCUAUCAGUUGGUGAAGGCUCCCUCAGAUAGCCAAACCCGUUGAUUACUUUAUAUUGUGGGGUAGAAGUGACAGUGGACACAGCAGGAAGUCCCCAGAGUCAUUGCUGGUGCUGCCUCCUCCAGUGUGAGUGAGACCAAUGGUUGUGAUUGGUAAGUGGCUCACAGGACACGUUUUUAUUUGUAGAUAUUAUCUCCAUAUCAUGUCUCUCUGUACCGCACCCCGCAGUAGUGUGCCGACCGAUACAGGGAUUUCUGCCUUCCCUGUGUGAGGUGGCUUGGUUUCCUCCAUCUGGAUGCCAGUGCUGCAUCUGUUUCCAUUACCUGCCUACUGAGAAAAUCAGCUCAGGCCCUGCCACAUUGUCUCUGACAGCAGCUCCUAAUCAUUAUUUAUGCUUUUGGAAUUUUUUGUCAUUUCAAAAACCUGUCUACUUCAAGCUAGGAUUUUUUAUUUGUGUAAUAUAUGUAUAUUCUCUUUUCCUUUUUGUUGUUUCCCUGCCUCUCCAUUUUGUUUCUUAAAAUAGUCUGUAGUUUUGUACAAGAUGAGACUUAACCUCGGGUACUUCUCGCUAAAGCUUUAAUGCUUUGUAAAUAAAAUGGGAUGUUUAUUAAACCACAAGUACAGAUGUUUGUAAGCUGCCUGCUUCUGGAGCUCAGCAGCCACUUCAUUUUGUGGCUUACAGAAUUUAAGUGUGGAGUUUAGAUCUUUCUCUGUGGUCAUUUGGGUCUGGAAAGGUCAGGCAGUUUGGAUUUCUUCCUUUGUACAAACUAGAAAUAAAUGAUUUGAGCUAAAAGCUGAUGUUAAUUAAUAAAAAAAGGUCAUGUAGGAAUUUCUUUUCAUAUUCUUUAACUCAGUACAAGCUUUGAAGAGGCCACAGUGCAUUCUGACAGGUUACAGUAACAUGUCCUAGAGAGUCUAGCCUUCCAAGGUCUUUGUUAGCCUAAGUAUAGUUACAAUCUUUCUUGAUAGUCAUUUUCUCUUGAUUAAGUAACUUUAAAAUCCAUAUUGAAUAUUCACUGUCUCAUAAGAAUGUCUCAGAACUCUAGUGCCCUGGGUCUCAAGCUUCUUAAGGUUGCAAACCUUUAAUACAGUUCAUCAUGUUGUGGUGACCCCCCUCCGCCUUUAAAUUGUUUUUGUUGCUACUUUAUAACUGUUACUUUGCUACUGUUAUGAAUCGUGGUAAGUGACCCUGUGAAAGGGUCGUUCAGUACCCGAAGGAGUUGUGACCCACAGGUUGAGAACCACUGCUCUGGGGGUACUGUUCUAACGAGUACCAAAUCAGUCUACUUACUAAUCAUCCUGUCUUGCCGCUAAGAACCCAUCUUUAUCAUCAUAGUUGUUUCAUAGCAACCUUCAUUGAUGUAAACAGUGAGCUCCUCUGUUCUACAAGGUAAAUAGAGCAUUCUAGAGUCAAGCAGCUUCAACAUCCUGGUUCCCUUAGUACCUGGAACAAGACGGCUGCCUCUGGGCUACCUCUGCCGCAGCCUCACUUGCUCCCUUGGAAGGGUGUGUUAGGUUAAAUUUUCUCUCUCUCUCUCUCUCUCUCUCUCUCUCUCUCUCUCUCUCACACACACACACACACACACACACACACACACACACACACACACACACACACCCUUUAGUAUCUCUAACUCCUCUGUAGCUGAAAAUGCCUGGAACUUCCAAUCUUGGUGGGUGCUGGGAUAUGGAGUAUGUUGCCACAUCCAGUUUGUGUGGUGCUUGGAAUCAAACCUAGAGUUUCCUGCACGCUGGGCACUCUGCCAGCACUCUGUUGAGCUGCUUCUUUGCUUCUGAGAGAGGUCUCCUCGUAGCCCAGGCUGACCUUGAAUCUGCCAGCAGCCCUGCCCCUGACUGGACCGGGCGAUCUUAGCUUACAAAGAAAUAAAAAUAGAAAUUUGGGGAGUCAAGUGACUCCAGUCCAGAGUAAUCUUUUCAGCAGCUGUGGUUUAGGGACAUUCGCAAUAGAGGGUUCAAGGUAUUCAGAUGAACAUUGCAGCCCAGCCCCACCUCACCCCUCCCUUAAGACUGGUUUUUUGUUUCUGUGUUUGGUCAGAUUUAGCGUGGGACUUUGAAACUCUCCCAUGGUUUGGGAGGGAGGGGUAAUGUGGAGGUGGACUUCAGCUCCUGAGGUCUUUUCCCUCUUUUGUUCUCAAGCCUGUGGGUGUAAAUUCAUUAGGAGGGCGUGACGAGGAUGGCGCCUGUGAGGAUGGCCCUGGCAAGCAUAGUCAGACAUCAGUAGUGUAAGUCUUUCCCUCUGCCUGUGCUCACCUGGGAAGAAGGGCUGCACUUCUGUGCACACACAUGCAUGUGUCUGUUUUGCUGACAGCAAUGCAUCAUAAUCUCUCAAUGCUAAGGGUUAUUCCAAGCUGGAGGACCUGUGUUACAGUGCAAUGUUUGUUUGGAAUGCCUGCUGGUAACUUGCCUACUGAGACAUGAAGACUGGGGCCCCUCGUCUUGUCCUUGGGAGUCUGGUAUUGAUAAUCCACCUGCCUUUGAUGUUGACAUCACCUAAAACGCUCGCCAUCCCUGAGAAGCUACAGCAAGCUGUGGGGAGAGUCAUUGUCAAUGCCACAGCCUGCACUGUUACCUGUGGCCUUGGCUACAAGGAGGAGACUGUCUGCGAGGUGGGUCCCGAUGGAGUGAGGAGGAAGUGCCAGUCCCAGCGUUUGGAGUGUCUGGCCAACUGGAUCUGUGGCAUGCUCCAUUUCACCAUUGUCCACGGGGAGGAGUUUGAGCUGAGCUGUCUCAGCCCAGACAUCCUGGAGGUGGGACAGGAAGCUUUCCGCUUUACCUGGAAGCUUGCUCGGGGCAUCAUCUCUACUAAUGAUGAGGUUUUUAAACCCUUCCGAGCCAACUCUCACUUUCUGCGGUUUCAUCCCGCCUAUGAGUACGACUCAGGGACAUACCGAUGUGAUGUGCAGCUGCUCAGAAACUUGAGAUUUGUCAAGAGGCUCUACUUUGGGCUGAGGGUCCUCCCUCCAAAGCUGGUAAACCUGAAUUUCCAUCAGUCCCUUACUGAGGACCAGAAGUUAGUCGAUGACGGCUGGGAAGUUAAUCUGGACAACCAUUCUAAGCCCCACCUCCCAAAGUGGCAAAAGAAGGUGGCUUCGGCCUUGGGCAUAGGGAUUGCUUGUGGAGUGGUUGGCGGCGUGCUAGUGAGCAUUGCUGUCCACAGCGUGCUGAAGAGGAUUGAUGACCACAACAGCCUUAGCAGCCUAUAACCUUUCAGCCAGCUUAGACGUGAGUGUGGCAAGAGAGGCCUCUCAGAGCCAAAGGUUGGCUAGGAGGCUUGGCGGAUGCGGCCUCCUCCACAUGCCACUGUGCAGGGCAGCAUUAUCAGUUACCGUGUUCAGGUUUUCUCAUACUGGCUACUCAGGAGACCCACUGCAGGUUUUGCUUCUGUUCCUAGGGGAGCUGUGUCUUCCAAGCUUGCUUUCCUCUCCACACCUCACGGUGUGUGUGCCGUCACCUCCACUCCACCUCUGAACAGUGUAUGAACCAGAAUGUAAUAUUAGCAGAUUGGGUGGAAACUUUUUAUUUUUGUUCAAUAAAAACAAUUCACAGUAACUGUA